AUGACGCUCGAGCGAACGCCGACGAACCAGUCGCACCGCAGCAAACGCUCCCAUCACUCGCAUUCCACCUCGCAAUCCCGCCCCCACAGCGCGAUUCACAGGACGAGGACGAACCAGUCUAUCAACGGAAAAGAAACGCCUGACCACCUCCAUGGGCAUUUGAAUCACUUGACGCCCGAACAGGAGCGGGCGCUGGAGGAAUUUAAAGCCAUUUGCACGGAGAAGGAGCUGUAUAGGCCGGCAGAGGAGGGGAAAACGGCGAGUCACGAUGAUGCUACGCUAUUACGGUAUCUACGCGCUCGCAAAUUUGAGGUGAAGGGGGCAUUGGAUCAGUUCCAGACGACGGAAGAAUGGCGGAAAGUAAAUCAACUUGAUACGUUGUACGAGAAGUUCGAUGUUGAUUCGUACGAAGAGGCGCGGCGGGUGUAUCCCCAGUGGACAGGCCGCCGCGACCGACGAGGCAUACCCGUUUACGUCUUCGUGAUCAAACAUCUCAACAGCAAAAACAUGGCUGCGUACUCGUCUGGCGCCGCCUCGACCGCUACGUCAUCAACGCAUGCUUCGUCCACUGUAUCUCCGAAACUCUUGCGUCUCUUUGCACUCUAUGAGAAUAUGACUCGAUUUGUGGUGCCACUGAGCUCCUCGCUCCCGCGGCCUAACCCAGAAACACCGAUUUCCAGCACGACGAAUAUCGUGGAUAUUUCAGGAGUUGGGCUCAAACAGUUUUGGAAUCUAAAAGGACACAUGCAGGACGCGAGUGUUUUGGCGACGGCGCAUUACCCUGAGACAUUGGAUAGAAUUUUUAUCAUCGGUGCGCCUUCCUUCUUCCCGACCGUCUGGGGAUGGAUUAAACGCUGGUUCGAUCCCGUCACUACAUCAAAGAUUUUCAUUCUCUCCGCUUCUGAAGUAAAAUCGACUCUUACUUCGUUUAUGGACCCAUCCAGCUUCCCUAAGCAAUACGGCGGUGAGCUCGAAUGGGAAUGGGGCGACAUGCCCAGCCUCGAUGAACCUGCCCGAGAGCUUGUAGGUGUCUUGGAACAGUUAGGUCCAAAGGGAGACGGUGAUAUCGGCCAGGAGGAAUUGAGCAAGACGAACGAGGAGAGGAAAAAGAACUUUAUCAAAGGGCCGGUCGCAUGGUUAAAAGAUCGGAUUGAAAUCUUCGGUAGCAUCGGCGGCCAGGAUCGCAGGAGAACAAUCCCUGUUGAGAGGACACAAGACGCAGCAGGGCACAGCGAGCCGGAUCAUGCUGAUGCCGAAAUCGUUGAAACUAACGGUGAUAUCGAAAAAUCGCCCACACCCGUGGCCGAGCCUGAAGAGAAACCUGCCGUAUCGUCACAGAACCAACUCAAUGGAGAGACUGUGGCUUGA